CUUAACACUUCCCUAAAGCCAUACUUAAUCUCCCUCUUCUUGUUUUCCUUCAACCGCGAUCAAGAACCUUUUUCAAUCUCAUGAGAAGAUCUUUGCGAUACUAUCUUCAGCAUGAAUAUCUUCAGGCUUCUCGCGGACUUGUCCCAUUUGGUCAGCAUUUUUGUGCUGCUGCACAAAAUGCGGAGCUCGAGUAGCGCCUCGGGUAUAUCUUUCAAGACACAAUUUCUGUAUCUCCUCGUCUACAUCACGCGCUACCUCGAUCUGUUAUGGACUUUCUACCGCCCAUCUUCGCUGUACAAUACGAUCUUCAAGAUUAUCUUUCUUGCCUCCUCCGCAUACACCGUGUACCUGAUGCUCAACGACUACAAGCCGACGCACGACCCUAACAACGAUACUUUCAAAGUGCAGUACCUGCUCGGCUUCAGCGCUGUCAUGGCGAUCCUCUUUCCAUACAAAUACACAAUAACCGAGAUUCUGUGGGCGUUCUCAAUCUGGCUCGAGAGUGUCGCCAUAUUGCCACAGCUUUUCAUGCUUCAGCGGACAGGGGAGGCCGAGACAAUCACGACACAUUAUCUUUUCGCCCUGGGCAUUUACAGGGCGCUGUAUAUCCCGAACUGGUUAUAUCGAUACUUCAUUGAAGUGCCUCCAUUUUUUGACCCCAUCGCAGUCGUUGCAGGUGUAAUUCAGAGUGUACUCUACUCAGACUUUUUUUAUAUCUAUUAUACCAAGGUGCUUCAAGGGAAGAAGUUCAACUUACCUGUUUAGAGAGCUGCUCUGCGACCACGAACGUCUUAUGUCCACACGUAAACGGAAUGGAACCUGGUUGCCUGGAAUUCUUUGGUCUUGUAUUAAAAUUGCGCGCAGAUAUUUUACUAGACCUAUUUGGUCUGUCAGGCGCAGCGUCAAAGGAUCAAAGAACGUAGAAUAACACUGGAGUUAUUGGAGCGCAGAGAAAAGGUAACAUGCUAUUUGAAGCAAUCCGAGAGAGCGCAAUUGCUCGUGUAUGAUAUUUACAAGGAAACACUGAAGAAGAGGAUUUGAAAUGGGUGUUUUGACAUGGCAAAGCUAACAAGCUGUUGAAUGAAUACGUCGCUUAUCAUACCAGGCAUUGCUCGGAGUGUGAAUUUCCUGUCCCAUUCUUUAUGAACGGCAGGUCGAGAGCGGACGAAAUGGGAAAAGUUGUGAAGAACUACACGUGCGAAAGAGCAUAAGCAGGUCACAAGACACUACAAUUAUGUUUGCUAACGACCAUUUGAAAUUACGCUAGGCACGAAAGUAGCAAACCCGAGUAAGAGGCCCG